CGAAAAAGAAAGACAGAGAGACACAGAAGACGAAGGAGGAAAGUACAGUAAGACGGAAAGUCUCAACUUCUAUUUUACUUUCGCUUCCACUUCAAGUGUUUGUCUGCUACAUUUUGUCUCCACUUUCUCUCUGACAAAUCUUCUUCCAUGAUAACAGAUCUCGAGUACGCAUUUCUUAUCGCUUCACCACACUUUAUCUCCUUAGCUUCUUGAGCAGAGACGAUAAUCGAUAAACUCGCAAUCUCAGAAAAUCCUUGGAAUUUGUUUCUUCGUAUGAACUCUUCUCUUCCUUAGGAGGUUUGUUAUCACUGUGUGUUGAAUGGAAAUGCAAGAGGAUAGCUUGUGGAGUUUGUAUCCUGUACACGAUAUUGAUACGGCCUUAACGAAUAGAUUAGUCUACUGUGAUCUUUAUUUGAGACAGUACAAGGAAACAUUGAAACAGACCAUGCUUGGCCAAGAAUCUGUCUUUGAAACUCAGAUCUACGAGCUUCAUCGUCUGUAUCAAAGGCAGAAGGAUCUGAUGAUGGACAUGGAGGAAACUCAACAUUUAUUCCCAAAUGCCGGGGUCUCUAGUCCUAGAAGAAGUAGACACUGGAUGGGUUCAAGCAUCUCUACAUCUAAAACCAGCGUUUGGCCACCAGAAGACCCAUCUGCCAAGAUUGAUGAAGCUGGUAUUUCUGGAAAUGAGAUUGGUAAGUCUGGAGAGAAGGUCUUGGAUUUUGAAUUACCAUCUUACGGGUAUCGUGAUAUAUGGGAAGAAGAAGGUUCAAAGAAUGGAGAAUUCCUUGAAGUUCCGUACUUUCCUAAAGAUCAAUCUACAAGAAGCAGGUCUCUCGAAUCAGUUCUCCAGCCGGAAAGUGUGCAGGAUUUACCUGAUUUGUCAAGUUUCAAAUGUAUACUCGAUUUAAAUGAACCUUCCAGUAUCGAGGAACAUUCAGAUUAUGAGCUUAAUCAGUUCCCUACUCCAGCCCAAACAAGGAGUGAAAGAGCAGAACGUUCACCUGGAGAAGAAUGUCAAGCUGAGAAUGGAAUUGACUUGAAUAUGUCUCCCCUUUCACCUGAAGAAGAAGUACCUAUAGAAUCUGAGCAACCCCGAGAGCUUGUUUCAGCUUCAUUGCACGGAAAACACGGAUCAGAACCGUCAAGAUCGUUAGUUCUAGCGCUCCCAUGUUUGGAAACCAUUUCACUCUUCCACACACGUUGCUCACAGCCAAGGAAGAAAGCUAAACGUGGAGCAAAAUAUGUUAAAAAAAAUCCUCGCACCAAAUCCCGGAAAGGCUCAAAUCUUGACUCGAACUUCGGUGUUAAUGAAGAUGCCUCAUACAUCCCUGAAUCUGCCCAUAAUCUGGAGGAAGUUAGUUCAAGUUCACAGCCUGAGUUUAAGAGAAAAUGUUGUAAACCACAAGUAGAACCAGACAAGGUUAUGAGAAAGAGUUCAAGAACUAAAUCAAAGGCCAGAGGGAGCUUUCUUGUUAGAGAGGAAGAGGAACAAGAAAAAUCUGUAGCAGCAGCAGACGCUAUAGUUGAUAUGUCAUUAUCAGAUUCAGCUAGAAAGUCAAGCAUCAAAACCUCUGAUUGUAUCACUCCUCUGCAUUGGUUUGCUAGAAUCGCAUCUUCGGUUGUUGAGGACUCAAAGAGUGAAGUUGGAUUAUCAGUGCCCGGAUUCAACUCUAGUAACAAUGACUAUCCCGAGGCAAUGACACUGCAGCUAACAGAGAUGAAGUCAGAGGAGCAAAGAACAAACACUCCAGUCUAUAACUUUGCUACUCCUAAACACAAGAGGACCCUGCACAGUCGAGGAAAGCGUCAACAACACAACGAGUUUCUCCCGAGCCUAAGCACUUUUAACGGAAACAAAGCCUCUAAGGUUCUACAGAAGAUAGAAAGGCCAAGUGAAGCUACUGAGACGAAUGAUGCUCACUCAAGCUAUAUGGUAAUCGAUUGGGGAACCGUAACAAAACGAAGAAGAGGCAUCAGAAGUCCUGCCUGCUAAUACCAAAGCUUACAUACCUUUUUUGCUUUCAGAUUCUUGAAGAAUCAAAGUCUAGUUACAGUAAUCACACCACAUAGGAGAUAUAUACUAAAACAGUGAAACUUUUGGGUUUUUGCUUUUUACAAGUUCAUCAAAAAGAAGAUGAAUUUGUAAGCUAGAUGGUACUUCAAAAAAGAAGUUUACAUACAAAUAUACUACAGA